AAGGAAGAAUGGAGCAGGCACACAGCCUGCUGCUGAACGAAGAUGUGUGCAGCAUACUGGGUGAACAGCAGAGGACCGAAUUUGUCUUUGAGUGGCUACGCUUUCUGAAGAAGCUGCUGCCUGCUGCUGAACGGGUGGAUGUGAAGCAGAAUCAGAAGCGACUGGUGGAGCAGCUGAUGGCUGUUCUGAACAGUUCUCCUGGCCCCCCCACACGCUACCUCUUAGCUCACUGUGUGGCUCUGGUCUAUUGCGUAGGUGAAUCACUUACCUCCAGCCUCACUGUGGACCGUUGCCAUGACAUUAUCAAAAGCAAGGAUGACUCUCCCAGCUUCCUGCCAACUCGUCUGGCAGCUGUGGCCUGUCUGGGUGCAAUGUAUGAGCAGCUCGGCCGUUUUCUCAUCAGCUCCUUUAAGGAGACAGUGAUGACUCUUCUGAAAUCCAUGAAGAGCUCAGAAUCACAGGGGCGUUAUGAGAUCAUGCAGUGUAUAGAGAAGAUCCUAAAGGGUCUGGGGGUGAGUGCAUUGCCCUGUCACAGAGACAUCUACAAAGCUACACGCUCCUGCCUUACUGACCGCUCUAUGGCAGUUCGCUGUGCUACUGCUAAGUGCCUGUUGGAGAUGCAGAGAGAAGCUGUAUUCCUGUGGUCUACAGAGUUGGAGAACAUGGCCCUGUUGUGCUUCAGAGCAUUUGAUGGCUCCAACUAUGACGUGCGUGUCACCGUGUCCAAACUGUUAGGCACCUUGUUCGCCUCAGCACUUGAGCCCAAACAAAGCAUAGCUUCUCGGCCUGUCACCUUGGAUGACGUGAUGGAACUGGUGUCCAGUGGCUUCCUACGACGUGGAGCAGGUUUCCUGCGUGUCAGCAGCGACAUGCUGAAGGGUACCAACUCGGUGAAUGGAGACUUGCGUGUGGGCAUCACACAGGCAUGUGUCGUGUUUAUCUCCACUCUGGGUGGGGCAUGGUUGGAAGCCAAUUUCCCCAACCUGCUUUCCCUGCUCAUGGAGCUGGUGUGUGAUGCACGGGUUACUGAGAACCUGGCUGAAGCUGUCUAUUGCCGACGAUGUGUCUCUUACAUCCUCAGAGCCUCUGUAGGCAGCCUACUGGGAGAGAAAGCUCAGAUAGCAGUGGCCAAGGAGCUCUGCCUGGCCAUCAGCAAACAGAAGACGACUCUAGAUACAGGGGGGAACAUGGAGGUGCAAGAAGGAAGCAUAGCUGUGGCAGCCAAUCCACACAUGCUGGUGUGUGUCCUGCUGGAGCUGGGAAGUGUGAUACAAGACCUGGGGUCUUGUGCUGCACCACUGAUGCAUGACAGCAGCACAGCAAUGUUGGAUACUGUGAUAUCUGUGCUCCUUCACUCCAGCUUAUCUGCACGGCUGGCAGCUGCCUGGUGCCUGCGCUGCAUAGCCAUUGCGCUGCCUGCUCAGCUGGUUCUGUUGCUCGAUCGUUGUUUAGAGAGACUUAAUGCAUUGAAAUCUUGUCCUGAGGCUGUAGCCGGGUAUAGUGCUGCAACUGCUGCCCUGUUGGGUGCAGUACAACACUGCCCAUUGGGAAUACCACAUUCUAAAGGCAAGGUGGUGAUGAGCCUGGCUGAAGAUUUAUUGCGCUCGGCGGCCCAGAAUAGUAAAAUCUCCAUCCAGCGAACUCAGGGAGGCUGGCAAAUACUCAGUGCACUCAACACCUUAGGACCCACAGUAGUGAACCAUCACCUUCCUAGAAUGCUGUUGCUGUGGAAAUGUGCCUUUCCCCAGUCUGUUAAAGAGCUGGAGAGUGAACUCAGGCGUGGAGACUCGUUUACAUGGCAGGUAGCUCUGGAGGGCCGGGCUGGAGCACUGUUUGCAAUGAAGAAUCUGGUAAUUAACUGUAGAGAUCACCUCAGCGAUGAUGUUAUUAGUCAACUGCUCGCUGUUCUCUCAUGUGCUGUGGGCCUGCUGACUCUGCUACCUUCUCUAAUGAAGUCCUAUGGAAAACAGAUCAAAAGUGCUGUGUGUAUUUUCCAAAUGAGAGCGUAUGAAGUCCUUGCACUGUUGCCACCUAAAACCUAUGAAGAGAGUUUUGGCACUGUGUUGAAACAACUGGUGAAAGACCUCACGGAUCCGGUGAACACAACGUGUCCUGAGGUCAGCCUGCUCUGGCCACUGUGUCACAACCAAGACCUUUCUUUGUUGGGGCCUGGUCUACAUGAAAUGGACCAGCGCUACAUCGAGGAGCAGCUACCUGGAGGCAGGAUGGGAGGAGGAACAUUAGAGUAUGAUCCUUUCACCAUUUGUGAAAAAUCUCCGGAGGCACCCACACCUCUUGCCCCAGCUGAUGCUCUCACCAUUAAUUCAGUUCAGCUGUUUGGAGUCGUGUUUCUCCAUUUGGCAGUCCAUCAGAGGGUUCAGAUCCUUGAGCAGUUCUGUGAGUGUGUGAGGCAGCUGAAGGGGACUCGGCAAAAGAUGGUCCAAAUCCAUGUAACAGCUGCUUUUUGCAGAAGUCUGAAGUGUUUGGCAUUGGGUAAUGUAUCACUUGGUUCAGAGAUGGUGCAGAAGCCAGCUCUCUCUCUCCUAUUGGGAGCACUGGAGAGCUCUAACCCUCUACUGCGCUGUGUGGCUGCUGAGGGUUUAGCACGAUUUGCACAGGUUCUUGGUGUCCACAAUGUAACACUGUCCCUCAGCCUGAUGAGCUUUGAUAAGUUGAAGACAGCAAGGGAGGCUGUCUUGCGGACCGGACAUGCCCUGUUGCUUGGGGCACUCUAUCGCUACCAGGGGGCCAUUAGUUCAGCCAAACACCUCAGUGCUUGUGUGGGGGUUCUUUUCACACUCUCACAGGACAGCAGCUCACCGGAGGUCCAGACCUGCUCUCUUCAUUCUUUGGCCAUGGUAGUGGACCAGGCUGGACCUCUGUACCACAGUCACAUGGAAGCCAGCUUGACCUUAAUUUUGCAUCUGCUUCUUACCACAUCACACACUCAUGUGGAGGUGCAGCAGAGUCUGGGUCGCUACCUCAGUGCACUCAUCACAUCACUGGGCCCUGAUCUGCAAGGUGAGAGUGUGGGGGUGUGUACAGUGAGGAACUCCUGUCUGCUGGCCUGUUCCAUAAUGCAGGACAAUCCAGACUGCCUGGUACAGGCUCAGGCCAUAGCGUGCUUCCAACAAUUGCAUAUGUUCUCACCUCGCCACGUCGACCUGGCCAAUCUGGUUCCCAGCCUCUGUGGGAUCUUGUUGGAUUAUUCUGUAUCGAUGAACCUAUGCAGCUCAUACCUGUAUCUACGCAGGGCAGUGGUAGCAUGUUUGUGUCAGGUUGCCCAGCGGGAGGCACUGGAGAUGUCUGAGCAUGCUGUGGCCCUGGUAAAGGAACUGCCACGAAGAGACAACAUACAGUUGGAUGUGACCAUUAAGGAGGUGGGUUUGGAGGGAGCUCUGUUUAGUCUGUUAGAUCGCGAGCGGGAUGCCAGACUCUGCCAAGACAUUAAAGAGACUCUCAUCCACAUGAUGAGCUCAGCCGCUGAGAGCCAGCUGGCUCACUGGCUCAAGCUCUGCAAGGAUGUAAUCUCUUCUGCCUGUUCAGUUGCUGCACCGGUGGAGAUGAAUCAGGAAGAGGAUGGAGACAGCUAUGAUGACGCAUCAUUCUUUCAUGCAAAGUGUGCAUACAGUGGGCCCUUCAACAACUUGCGCUGGUCCAGCCGUGUAUUUGCUGUGAAAUGUGUGUGCCACAUCAUAGUGCAGUGUGAGAGAGGGCACCCGGCUCACUUUGACAUGGGACUGGCACAAGAAGAACGUUUGCAUAAAUCUACAGAUUUCCUGGUUCUCCACUUGGCUGAACUGGUGCGCAUGGCGUUUAUGGCAGCAACAGACCAUAGUGAGCAGCUCCGACUGGCCGGCUUACACAUGCUGCUGCUCAUCAUCCGCAAGUUCGCAGGCGUCCCAGAACCCGAGUUCCCCGGCCACGUCAUUCUGGAGCAGUAUCAGGCCAACGUGGAAGGUGCUCUAAGGCCAGCAUUUUGUGCAGAUGCUCCUCCUGAUGUCACUGCCAAAGCCUGUCAGGUGUGCAGUGCAUGGAUGGCCAGCGGGGUUGUGAGUGACUUCCGUGAUCUGAGGAGGGUUUACCAGCUGUUGGCAUCUUCACUAGUCAAAGUUCAGGCAGGGAGGGACGUGCUUAAUCCUCUAUACAAUGAGAGCACAUUAACCAUGGAGUCACUAGCGGUGCUCAAAGCCUGGGCAGAGGUAUAUAUCAUAGCAGUGGAAAGAAGCAGGCACAGAGAGCAGCCUGAGCCUGCUGAUGAAGGUGAAGGUGAAGCCGCAGGGCUGCUAAAACUGGUGCAGGGUGAGCUGGGAACACUUAGCUGCCUGUGGCUGGCGGCACUGCAGGACCACGCACUGCUCACACUGCCUCCAGGUUAUGCAAAACAGCUACCUUCCACAGGAGGCACGUUCUACACAGCAGAAGCACUGGACCAGGCACGUCAGUAUUACUGCAGCUCCUGGGCUCCCAUCCUUCAUGGCACAGCGCUCUGGCUCAACAGCAAUGAGUUUAUUAUGGGUGAUGAUGGGCCAGCCAACCUCUCUAGACCAGUUACCCCUACCUCCAUGGGCCAUUCCACCACCCGGGACAGCAAAAAGUCCCAAGAGGACAUCAGUGUGGAGCAUCUCCACCUCAUACUGGGUAUCAGUGUAGAGUUUCUGUGCUCCCCUCACUCUGAGAAUCAAAUGGAAAACAUCAUCUCAUGCCUUCAUGCACUGCAAGCCUUACUUGAAGUGCCUUGGUCCCGUUCCAAAGUGGGUAAUGAUCAGGCACUGAGUGUGGAGCUCCUCAAUGUGUUGCACAGGCUGAUCGUGACACGAGAGUCUCCGCAGAUCCAGUUAGCAGUGUUAGAAUUGGUGCGACAGGUGGUGUGUGCCACUCAGGAGCACGUUAAAGAGAAACGACACAGCGCCGAAGUAGAUGAUGGUGCAGCUGAAAAGGAGACCGUUCCGGAGUUCGGUGAGGGCAGGGACACUGGAGGUCUGGUACCAGGAAAAUCUUUGGUCUUUGGAGCUCUGCAACUGUGUCUCUGUGCACUACUCCGGAAACUUCCACAGCUCAGUCCUCGACUGGCAGGCAGUUCCAGUGGACAGGGGAGUAUCGUCUCCUCCCUAAACGACAGCGACUGCACACUGAUCACUUUGGCUUUAGGAAUCCUCUCAGAAUUGCCCUCCAUCUGCUCUCCUGAGGGCAGUGUGUCAGUGUUGCCCACGGUGCUCUAUUUGUUGCUUGGGGUGCUGCGGGUAUUAGUGAGGGAACAUAGAGGAGUGGGCACAGAGACACUGGUCCCUGGGACACUUCAAGCACUACGCACAGUCCUCUCAUCUCCCAUGAGCAGAGUGGAGAAAAGCCAUCGUGCCUGGGUCCAGCUGCUGCGCUGCGCUCUUACUACACUGCUUACAUGCUGGAACUCAGACUCAACUGAAUCUGGUGUGGAUGAGAUCACUUUGCUGAUGGCACUCACAAUCUUUCUGCUUGAAGCCAGUGUUGAGGUCACAAAUGUUGAGCCACUAAGGACAUUGUGCAUCAGCAAGUUCCUGGCCGGCCUGGAAUCCAAAGACCCAAUGUUGCUGAGCCGGUGUUACCAGUUAUUGGCAUCAGUGUUUCAGGGCCCAGCAGCAGUGGCAGAAUUGUUUAUAAGGGGAUUGGGCACUCAGCUGGUGGCUCAGCUGCAGCAGGUGGAGAAAAAACGUCCUCAGACUGCCAUCGAGCUGCAGGCUGUGCAGGAUGGCGUCAGAGCCAUGGAGGCAUUAGUGCUUGCUGCUCAGGAAACUCAACGUGCCAAGUUGGUGGCAGUGCAUUUACCCAUCCUAGUCUCCUUCCUGCUGGACGAAAACGCUCUGGCCACGGCUCCUGAAGCCUCAUGUUCUCUGCAUGAAUCCGCGCUGCAAGACUUGAUGCGCCUUGGCCCUCAGCAUCCAGGUGUUUUUAAAGCCUUUAUGGCGUCAGCACCAGAAAUGAAGGCACGACUUGAGGCAGCCAUAAAGGGCAACCAAGAGCUUGUAAACGCUAAGGCCACACCAACUCAGUUACCUGACAAGAGGCAGGUGCCCAGCAUCAAACUGAAGACCAACUUUUUGUGAAAUGAGGGCAUUAUUGUAAAUUUUAAUGAGUUCAGCGCAAGAUUAAAGUUAUUUUAACCGAAGUAUGGUUUUAAUACUAGUUCAUUGUUGCAUUGUUCAAAUGUGUGUUUUUGUUAUAACGCAUCAACCUCUAUGAGGAUUUAAAAAGUCUAAGAUGUAAAAAAGUUUUGUUAAGCAACGACCACCCAUCCCAUGCAAGGGGAGCAGAGAAACUAGAUUAUGAUACACAAUGUAGACGCUGAACAUAGAAUAUUUGAAUACCUCUAUACAUCCAAACCAGUUUUUUUCUAAUCCUGGCACAUCUAAAGCAUAUUUUUUAAAUUAUGAAGGGGAAUUCUUUUUAUUUAGCUAAUGUAUUAUGUCAGUGGUAUGACAGCAGAUGAUGUUUGAAAAAAGUGUAGUCCACAGCUACGAUAUGUUUUCUGUUGCCAUAUGGAGACAAAGGCUGAAUACCGGCCUCAUUGUUUGGUAGCUUGCAACUAAAUAAAUAACUAGACUAUUGUGAACCACUCCUGGAGUGAUUACAUACACAAGUAGCAUCUGGGGAUCGUGCUUUAACAUUAACUGUACUGUGUAAAUUUGUCUAUAAUGUUGAAAUAAAACAUUUUAAGUCACUGGAGACUGAUGUACAUACAAGUUGAAUUUUGAUCAUUAAAAAAAUUAGCCCUUGUUGCAAAUA